AUGGCGCCCGACCGUACAGGCAAAAGUGUGUUCUUGGGGAACAUUCCCUACAGUAAGUCCAUGCAGACCCUGGAAGUUUUCACUUUACAACUGGAAUUGCUGACAAGUCCUGCAGACCUCACUGAGGAACAAGUCAAAGAUAUCCUCAGUACUGCAGGCACUGUCACCAAGUUCCGUCUUAUGAUGAACCCAGAGACCGGUAAACCCAAGGGAUACGGAUUCGCAGACUUUGUCGAUGCCGAUGCCGCAGCUUCAGCUGUUCGAAACCUCAACGAUUAUGAAAUUUUGGGUCGCAAAAUCCGUGUCGACUGGCCUCACAACAACGAGAAAGAUUCCAUCCCCACAGAUUACCCGCAAGAUUCGCAACCUGCACCUCAAGACUCGACACAGCAGAUGCAACAGAUUCCCGGUGCUGCCCCAUUGCCUCCUCUGCCACCAGGUGUCGACGUUCCGCCCGGCCUCGACUGCCCCAAUGCCAUCUCCCAUACUCUCGCUUCGCUCCCUCCAAACCAACUCCUCGAUGUCCUUACACAAAUGAAAUCACUUGCAGUGGCCGACCCUGCUCGCGCAACCGAGCUUCUUCGACAAGCUCCGCAGCUCGCGUAUGCGAUUUUCCAAGCACUGUUGUUGAUGAACCUAGUCGAAUACCAACUUCUCGGAUCCAUCGUUGAACAGGCAUCACAACCACCUCAGCCUGCGGCACACCAACCCUAUCAGUCUUACGGUGCCCCUGGACAGAUUUCAACUCCGCCGGUUGCGUCUACUCCAUUUGCGCCUCCGCCUCCGCAAGCUGCUCAACCCCAACCCGUGGCAGGCCAAGACGAGCUUCUCCAGCAGGUUCUUGCUAUGCCACAAGCCGCUAUUGAUGCUUUGCCCCCGAUGGAACGAAGCCAGAUUAUGCUACUACGUCAACAGUUGAUGCAAGGUGGCAUGCGAUAG